AUGUAUAUUCUUGCUAUUGCUGUAAUAACAUUAGCGAUUCAUAACGUGGAUUGUGUAUGUAAUAAGGAUACGGGUCCCGUCGGCAUCAGUGAAUGUAUACAAACCUCCAGUUACGGUAACGGCUACCAAUGGCAAACGUGUGUAAGUGACGCUUACAUCAAGGUUAUAACCAAUGGAAGACAAGGAUGCGAUGGUUCCAAAGCAUUUUGUUAUUAUCCUUGUAUGGCUGAUAAAUUCCAGAAAACCAAUGGUUCCAUUGUGGAGGAAUGUUCCUGCAAGCCUGGAGAAAUGUUGCAGUCUAAGAAUAUGACCCUGCCACUCCGCUGCUAUAACCCUUCCGGUGUGGACUGUAGCUGGUAUGCGGAAUGUCUGGAGAAAGAGUUCCCUUGUACUGGAGAUAAAGAUGAUUACGGUAUAGCAUUUGCUCACAAAUACUGUGCUAAAUUUGGAGAUCGAUAUAGUAAAUUUGGCAAAGAGGGACAAAAAUGGAUUGACCUUUCCAGGAAAUGUUUGCAAGAGAAAUUAGUUCCCCUGCUUUACUCAACAACUCCACCGUCCUGUAAUUAUGUCAAAGAAUUUGCUUUCAAAUCACACAUACCGUGCUACCUUCAACCAUCUCAACAAGUACCGGAAGUGUCUGUAUGCAAAUUAGGUGCCUUGGAUUUCUUCAAACUAUUUUGGACAUUAAAGGAAACUUUAGUUUCGUCUGUAGAUAUUUCAGUUUCUGUUAUCACAAGUUUUUUCAAAAUACUUCGAGAUUGUUGA